AUGUCGCUCCCGCCGCCGUUUGCGCCAUCCGAGGCCAGCGACGCGUCGACGUCGUCCUCAUCUCGCCCGUUCGCUCCCCGCCUCGACUCGGACUCGGACGACCCUUCGUUCGACCUCGAGCACGUCCACACUUCGACACCCCGCAAGGUACGCCACCGCGCCCACCGCCGACCCGACCCGCAAGGCCCCGACGACGACGACCACCCGCUGCACGCGAGCGACACCGAAUCACUCGACCUCGACCUCGCCCAGGGCGACAUUGACCGCCACCUGCACGCCAGCGACCGACCGACACCCUCCACGACCCCGCCCUUGACGCGCCGCAGCCUCCUCCAGCUGUCCCAGCCUCGCGACGGCACCACGCCCUUCGCCAGCUCGUCCGCCCGCCUCGCCCUCUCGUUCCGCCGCGACCACCGCCACGCCGGCGACCUGUACGCGCCGAGCCCGAGCACGGGCAGCAGCACCCUCGUCGACCGCGAGGACGACGUGACGCGCAAGCCGGGCGCGUUCUCGUCCACGGUUCGAGACGGCGACGACGACGUGACGGUGCGGCGCGCACGGGUCGAGCUGUCGUUGGGGCGGCAGGGCGCGCUCGUCGAUGAGGGUUACGGCGGCGAGGACCAGGAGACGGAGCAGCCCGGGCGCGCGGCGAGCGACGAGGGCGAGUCGAGCUCGCCUCGACCUCGACGGAGCAGGGUGGGUGACCUCGCGUCCUACGUCGACGCGCGCAUGUCGUCUUCCACGCCUCGUCGCUCGCCCAAGCGCAGCCGUCACCCGCCGCCGACGACGCCCGCAGCGCCCGGCGCCUACCCCGGCUCGGCCCGCAAGCCCUCGUCGUUCCGCCCCGCCGCCUCGUUCCCCUUACCCUCCUCGUCGACCCCGCUCCGCCCCGACUCGGCCCUCUUCCCUCCACCGACACCCACCUCUACCGCGACGGGCACGCCCGCGAGCCAGAUCCACGACGCCUUUUCGCGCCUCAUCACCGGGCCCGACGGCGCCCUCGCCCACUCGGCAGAGCGCCGCGCCACCCUCGCCGCCGCCGCGAGCCCGCCACCGCCCACGCCGCACCCGGUGGGCCACUACGCGUUCGUGCCCUCGACGAGCCUGCCCGUCGAGCGCUCGUUGCGCAGGCGCGAGGCCGAGGAGGGCGGCGGGGUCGAGACGCCCUCGAGGCCGACCAAACUCGAGCGCGCCCUGCGGCACCUCGGUCAGGCGCAGCGCGAGGCGGUGGACACGGGACGAGGGCGUGACGAGGGUGAGGGCCAGCUCGGCGCGGGCUUCGACGUGCACGGGCGGGUUGUCGAGGGGCAGCAGGAGCACGAGAGGAGGGCCGAGCGGGACGAGCACGUCGACGGCGCGGAGGCGGGACGAAGCGCCAUCGACUUUGCCAUGGCGCGCUCGUUCCGGCGGGACGAGGAGCGCCGGGACGAGCAGUCGGCAGACGAGUCGCCCUCGGACGACGCAGACGUGCGCGCGUCCCUCGCUCGCCAGCGAGCGGCGCCGCUGCGCGCGAGCCAGAGCGUGCGCUUUGCGUCGCCCCCACCUCGGCGGCGCAGUCCGUCGACCUCGCCUGCGCAGUCGCCGCCGCCGCCGACGCACCGGCAGCGCGAGCGCUCGACCACCCCACCGCUCCCUCCUCCCUCGCCGACCCUCCCGCCUCUCCCACCACCUCUCGAGCCCGACUCGCCCGAGCCCCUGCGCCGCUCAAAGCGCCCCGACCUCAUGCGGCGCUCGCACUCGUCGGCGAGCCCACCCCCCGACAGCGGCGCUGCCCCCCUACUCAGCGCCGCUCCUCCCGCUCGACCUCGUUCCGCCCCCUUGUCGUCCUCGCGACGAGCGCCCGACUUCGAUCUCGACCUCGACCCGUCGCCGCCGCCCGCUCGGCAGCCGCCGCUCUCGCCGCCCCCAGAGCGCGAGCGCUGGACCCGCCCGGCGUCCUCGACGCCUCCUCGCGGCGGGCACGUCGACCCACAGUCGCCUCGGCGCACGCCUCCUCGCGCCAUCGCGCCGCCGCUCCUGUCGUUCGGCGGCGGCGGCGGCGAUGGGCUCGAGCCAGGCGGGAGGGAAGCGGGAGAGCCAGAGGGGGACCGCUCGGCCGAGGACACGGUGCAGGCGCUCGUGGGCCAGCUGGCGGCGGCGGUGCAGGCGCUGACGGCGAGUCGGGCGGCGGGCGUCGCUGCCGCUGCCGCUCUCGAGAAGGAGGAGGAGGGGCAGGAGGAGCAGGGGCCGAUGCGGCGGCUCGAGCGCGAGGAGGAGCUGCGCGGCGCGGUGGAGCGCAGGAGGAGGGAGAGCGAGGCGAGGUGGGCGGCGAGGGAGCACGAGAUGCGCGAGCUCGAGGCGCGAGGAGGACAGGAGGCGACUCGCCGCGCCGGCAUGCUCGAGCAGCUCGUCGAGACGUACGAGCUCGAGCACGACCUCGGGUCCAAGGUCGAGGAGCUCAAGCGCAGCAUCGAGGGCAUCGGCCAGCUCGUCGGCGACCAGGUCGCGCAAGCCGUCGGGUCGUCGCUCGCAGCCGACACGCGCCGCCGCUCGCAAUGGCUCGUGUUCGCCCUCGUCGCGCAGCUCCUCCUCUUCCUCUUCCUCCUGCGACUCGCCAAUUCGCACGCCCUCGCCCUGUUCCAGACGGUCUACCACGACCCGUUCGCCCCUCCCGCCCUCUUCCACCUCCCCUCCUCGACGGACUCGGCUUCCUUCUCGCCCCUCUCGUUCCUCGGCGCCGGCGCAUCCAGCCUCGACAGCGAGCCGUUCCUCUCGCCCGAGACGCGCUCGGCCUUUUCGCCGCACCCUCUUCCUCUCACGGCGGCGGCGGGCCCCGGGUGGUUCGGCCCGCUCGCCGCGCUCAGGCUCGUCGCGCAGCGGUGGGCGGGGGCGCCGCGAGGGGCGGGCGCCGGUGGACGGGCCGUCGUGCGCGUCGUCAGGGUCCCGUCUUAG